AUGGCCGCCGCCGACCCGACAUAUCCCCUCUAUCCCAUUGCUUGCUUCUCAGCUUCAGCGAUGCUACUUUUGGUACUCCUCACCAGCUUCAUCCGCCAGACCUGGAACUUGGGCGUUGCUUUUCUAUGUUUCUGGCUGUUCUUCGAGAACUUGGCCGGUGGUGUCGACGCUAUCCUCUGGUCAGAUAACGCCGAUAUCAAGCUGUACGUGUAUUGUGACAUAGUCUCGCAUUUAGGCAUAAUCACCUCAAUCGCCAAGCCUAUGGCCACCCUUAUUAUCACUCGCCGCCUAUACCUGAUCACAAGCUUGCGAUCGGUUGAGCCUCCUACAAAAGCAGCGAGACGCAGAGAUCUCGCUAUAGAGUGGGUGCUCGGUCUGGGCAUUCCUCUUCUAGUCGCAGGACCUCUUUACUACGUGGUUCAGUGGCUUCGAUUUGAGGUCGAUGAAGGGUUUGGCUGCACCAACUCUCCCGAUAACUCAAUACUCCACAUCUUGCUGAUCAGAUCGUGGACUGUAAUUCCUCCCCUAGUGUCUAUCACCUUCUACUAUCCUCACGUCGCUCGAGUCUUCUAUCGCCACGGUCGGGAGAUUGACAACUUUCUACAGAGCAACAGCUCGGUAUCCCGGACAAACUACUUCCGCAUUCUUGCUCUCGCAAGCAUUGAUGUCUUGGUUACCUUACCCAUAGGAAUCGCGACGAUCGUCUUGGGUGUGAAAAACUUGUUGUCUGUCGGUUCCAUCCCAUUCUACUUCGGCUGGACCUACGACCACACGGACUGGCAGCCGGAGAGUUAUUCCUAUACAGACAUAGUGUCCGAAGGGAGUUUCGAGGUAGCAGAAUUCUACUUCAUCCAAUGGACUUCGCCAGUCCUCGCAUUCACCAUCUUCGCACUCUUCGGCGUCACAUCCGAAGCCCGUGCAUCGUACUGGCGCAUCAUCUGCACCGUGUGCGGCUGGUUCGGCUGGAAGCCGACUCUUCGCACGCGCAGGGCGCGUUCGCCACUGGGAGACAUUGAGUUCGGAGAGCGGCCUGCUCGGAACUCUAUGUCGUUGGGUCUCGAGUCGAAUCCAAGCUACGUCAACCACGGCGCCCGGGCGCAAGAUCAGCCUGAGGGCAGAGAAGGAGAAGUAGUGGGCGAGGCAGAGAACGGCUCGGAGAACGAUGAGAUAGAGGAAGUACGCCGGAGUACUGCCGAGGAGACGUACGACGAGCGCCCGACUCAAGGUUCCGCGUCUUCCCAGGCUGGCGUCGGUGAUGCCUCGGCCGAAGUGUAA